AGUGGCGGCGAUGAGUGGACGCCUAAGCUGUACGAAGCUUCACCAAUGUGAAACAGCGACGGUUCGAUGUGUUCGACGAGCUCCUCUGGGAAGGACGCGCUGGCAGUCACCACCUGGAGGGCAACCUAACAGGAUAAGAAGGACUCGUUACCAUCUCGUGUUUGUGGAGUGCAUCGCGGCGGUGGUGCAGCCAGCGUUGGAUCAGGUUGCUGUCGAGGGUAACCAAGGAAACCGGACAGGAUGUGUGCUAUGGGAGGCCAUGGCUCGCAGGAGCUACCUGACGGGCCGAAGAUACGGGAGCCGACCUUCUUGGAGGAGCUGUGCCAGAUGGGACAUCUCUUCGACACCAUGCUGACCGGGUACGCGCUGCGGCUGAGGACUCCGCACCGCAUCACGCGCGAGGAGAUGUUGAAGGCCAUGUUCCAUCUACGUAGACAGGUGCCUUGCCUCCGUAUGGCCUUCUCGGGCACUGGAAGGGACAUGUGGAUACAGGAGGCGUCGAGUGAAAAUUUGGACCUAGAGAUGGUGGAGCAUGACUCGGUUGACGAGGUGAUGGCAGUGAUGUCCCGGUACCGAUACGUAUCCCGCACUGGGCCGCUGUGGUGCGUCAAGGUGCUAGUAGGAUACCCUCCCAACCGUGCUCCUGUGAUGCCUGCUGAGAAUCUCCCUCGACCAGACACUGGUCUGGGCACGCCUUCCCCUGAAGACCAGGACCAGCAGCCACGCCCCGGUGGUGAUGGGUUCGGAUGCGAACCGCUCAUGCCUGGUGAUAUCAUCGCCGUGCCUCUGAACAAUCCCCAUCGCUGCUUCAUCUUACCCCCUGCUGCCCUGGGCCAAGAUGUGCAGUACAACCCGAUGAUGCCCGAAGGAGGUCAGAUUCAGGACGCAUUUCCUCCAUACGCCCCGGACUACGCCCCACCCCCAAACUUCGUCCCGCCCCCAGACGGCGUCCCGCCCCCCGACGGCGUCCCGCCCCCGACGGCGUCCCGCCCCCCGACGGCGUCCCGCCCCCCGACGGCGUCCCGCCCCCCGACGGCGUCCCACCCCCGAUCUACGCUCCUGAUUACGCCCCACCCCUGA